UUCGGAUAUGGUGUGUAAAACCUUCCCACAAAAUUUGGCAAUUGAAAUGUUUAGAAUUUAUUGGUAGGGAUGUGAAUACACAUAGGCAAGUUCAUGGGGAGUGGCAACUGGCAAGUGAAAGUGUCAGUCUCUUCCUAUAUAUACAUGCAAGAUCCGGUAAAUACGGACAGCCCUUUCAAUUUUAAUGGCGAUUGAGAUCUGUGUCAAAGCUGCUACGGGUGCCCCUGAUGUUCUUGGCGACUGUCCAUUUUCCCAAAGGAUUCUUUUGACUUUGGAAGAGAAGAAAGUCGCUUUCAAAACCCAUCUCAUUAACUUAGACAACAAACCUAAAUGGUUUCUUGAAGUGAACCCAGAUGGGAAAGUUCCUUUGGCCAAAUUUGAUGAGAAUUGGAUAUCUGAUUCUGAUGUUAUUGUGGGUCUUAUUGAAGAGAAGUACCCUCACCCUUCACUUGCCACUCCCCCUGAACUUGCCUCUGUGGGGUCAAAGAUUUUCCCUAAAUUUGUGGUAUUUCUAAAGAGCAAGGAUGCUAAUGAUGGGACUGAACAAGCUUUGCUUGAUGAAUUGAAUGCAUUAGAUGAACACCUCAAGAGUAAAGGGCCUUAUGUUACUGGGAAAACGAUCACAGCUGUUGAUUUGAGUCUGGCACCAAAGCUAUACCAUCUUGAGGUGGCUCUUGGCCAUUUUAAGAAGUGGACUGUUCCCGAAAGUCUGACUCAUGUGCGUAACUACAUGAAGUUACUCUUUUCAAGGGAGUCGUUUGAGAAAACCAAACCUGCUAAAGAAGAAUACGUCGUUGCUGGAUGGGCGCCAAAGGUUAAUAGCGCAUGAAGUCGUCCCAAACUACAGUCUUUAGUGACUGUGGCUGCUGGUUGUUAAUAUAUCAUAUGUUCGAAGGAUUGCAUGAAUGUUUGAAGGAUAGGGAGUCUUGUUAGUUGCCUUUUUUAUUGGCACAUGUUUGGUGGAGCAAAGACUUCUCAGUCGAUGGUUUAUAACUUUGUAUUUUUUUCCUCUUGUUUUAAUACAUUAACUACGACUAAGGGGUAUAACUCACGUUCUUUUUGUUAUAUAAAAGUUCUAUAAAUUCUCAUGA